AUGGCUUUUAACGCUACCUUCUGCGGUUGGCCAGUUAUGGACAAUGUCAGCACAGGCAACCCAACGCCAAACUGUACGAUAUCUAACACAACAGUUCAACAGUUUGACCCGUUCGAAAGCCCCAGUCUGCUGCCUUUAUAUGCCUUUUUCUUUAUAAUAACUCUAGCAGGACUGGUUGGAAACCUGCUGAUAAUAAUAGUCAUUCUGGCCCAACACAAGUCCAAAAGCGCCGCCUAUAUCUACAUACUGAACCUGGCCAUCGCGGAUCUACUGAUGUUGACUAUGGUGCCAUUUCGCGUGACAGCUUACAUCGUGAACCACGCCUGGAUAUUCGGACACGCUAUGUGCCAAGUGUACUUCCUAAUAGCAGGCAUGAACAUGUUCAAUGUCGUCUUCAUACUCAUGGCAAUGAGUGUUGACCGCUACUUUUCCGUCUCCCAGCCGUUUCGUUCGCUGGACUGGAAGACGAGAAGAAAGGCUAAGUUUGUUUGCUUCCUUCUGUGGCUGUUUGCAGCAGUUAACGACGUACCGUACGUGGUAUUUGCACAACUACAGUGGCAGGAAUCCGGGUGGUACUGUAGCUACGCGUUCCCAGGGCUUGGGGACGACGAGAACUUCUGGAACCGCGUGUCAGAAAUCUACGUCACGAUUAUUUCCUUCAUCGUCCCGCUCCCCGUCAUCACGGUGACGCACAUCUGCAUCGUGUGGCACAUGCGCCGUAACCAGCCGCAGGGCAAGAUCUCGCGGCGGCAGCAGGGCGAGAACGGGAAUCGGCGAGAGUUGGACAAGACGGCACGCGUGGUGACGGCAGUGGUGGCGGUCUUCCUCAUCUGCUGGCUGCCCAAGAACAUCGUCUACUUGGCCAAAAAGUUCGGUCUGUUCGACGUCCCGAAUGAGGCCCGGGUGGCGGUUGAGCUGCUGCUGAUCGCGAACAGCGCCGUCAACCCCUACCUGUACACCAUCUUCGGGGAACAGUUCAGGGACAGCCUCAGGGACAUGUGCUGCGGGAAAAGGUACGUGAACCCUGACCUGUAG